CGCUCCGGCGCGAUCAUCACACAAACUUAGUUCCGCUUGACGUUCGUUCCACGGAUCGAGUGACAGGAGCGAACCGAGUCAUGAGUGCCGAUAAUUCCCGUUCAGAUGUUCUGCUGCCGUUAAGAAACCUCAGUAACUCGGUGAAGUGCAGCAGAGAUCGAGUGAGAGAUGGAGAGUCGAAUGAAAGCAGCGGGACGUUCAGCUUGUCAAACUUCUGGGAGAUUCUGAGUGAAGCUGUAAAAGCAACGUCUCAAGAAGCAACAAAACUCAGUUUAAUCUUCUCGAAGCCGCCGUCGCCGUCAGAGGAGGACUGUGCAAAAAUAGCCGAAUCUGUUCAGAAGAGCGUGUUGACCCUGUCUACGGUUUACUUCUGGUUACCGAAGAGUCAGGGAGUUACGCUGAGGAAGGUGGUCAGAGACGCCACAGCGGAGGUGCUGGACGGACUCCAUCAGCUGCUGGACGUUAUUCUCUCCUCUCCUGUACAGAGUCUCUCUCAGGAGCAGCUGAUGUCCACCGGAGGAGUUUGGGCCGCAUGUGACCAGUUUAAUCAGCUACCAAAAGAUAACCGCAGUGCCGUGUCGGGCGUCUUGACUUCAUAUGUUGGUUUGGUGAAAGAUGCCCUGGAAGAAAUGGAGCAGGCUCUGGCUGAGACUCAAGACCCGUUUGGUGACGUCUUAGACGAUGAUGAUGAUGAUGACGAAGGAAUCGGUGGCCGUGGUAACCAGGACACGUACUGGUCAGAGUCGGACCGGCAGCUGGUCUGUCAGUGUCAGGGUCUGAUGAAGGCGUCCGGAGCGAGUCUGCGCAAACUCUCCUCUGCUGUCAGAAACAACGGGGAUAUGGAUACGGAGGAGAACAUCGCGCAGUUAGACGAUCUCGCAGACGCUGCUAAAGACGUCAGUCCUAGCGUCGAUGACCUCGCCCUCAGUCUCUACCCCCCUGUGGACCGCCCGGCUGUCAAUAAUAACGUGUGUAAACUGGCUUGUGUGCUGAAGAAAGUGCUGGAGAUCACCAGGUCCAGUCAUGUUUGCGUGGAGGCCGAUAUCUCCUGGGUGGAGUUUCUGAACGGAGCCGUUGAACACAACCUGGAGAAGGUCAAAUCGCUGCUGCAUGACUGCGGCUCAUAGCAGCGAGAUUCAUCGUCAACAACACAACCCGCCAGUAUCUGCUCAGACAAACCAGCUCCCAGUGCUUUUACUGCUCUCGCAGAAGAGCGUCACGGAUGCUGACGGAUUCCAAACAGCAGAAAGUGUUUUAUAUGGAAUCUGGAACUUUCCCUUACUUUCACAAAAGCCAUGAAUUAGUCCAUCUUUCUAAGCGAUGUUGUAAUUCAUGAUGUUCACAGUAGUUUGACCUCUGAAAUGAUGAAAUCUAUUUUGAAUAUAUAGUGUUAUUCAUAAAAACUCCAUGUCUGAGUGUAAGAUUCUCUUUCUGUAAGCGCUCAAGUGUUUUUAGCACAAAACCACCUUUAUUAAAUCCACAAUGACUUUUGCUUUAAAUGUUUAUUUAUUCAGAUUGAACACAGCUGGACAAAUAACCCUUUAAACUUUAAAUAUAAAUUACAUAAUAUAGCUGCAAGCAUCAGUUAAGGGUCCAAACACAACAGAAGCAAGGAAGCUACUAGCAGACAAAGACUUCCAUAAUAGACUAUGAUAAGAACCGAGACAAAGACGCUGCAUGUCAAUUUUGAAGUUUUCAUAUUUUGUUCAAUUGUAGCGCCACCAAGUGGCACAGUCCCACCACUUUUUUUGUGUCCCCAUACAUAAGCGUGUCAAAUUUGGUGAAAAUAUGUAAUUAUGUUUAAGAGUUAUAAACAUAUGUAUGAACAUAAAAUAUUACCAACACCUGA